AUGAAGUUCCAAGUUGCUCUCUCUGCCCUUUUGGCAUGCUCUUCUGCUGUCAUUGCAAGCCCAAUCGACAGCUUGUUCAAACACAAGUCCACUAAGACUGCGCAUAGCAGAGACAUUAACUCCACUUUGCCUGUCUGGAAUACCACUUCGAACACAACUUAUGCUAACGGCACAAACGGUGCAAACGGUACCACUUCCUCCAACAACAGCGAGCUACAAAUCAUUGUAACAGGUGGUCAAGUCCCAAUCACUAACAGCUCUUUGACCCACACAAACUACACUAGAUUAUACAACAGCUCCUCUGCUUUGAACAUUACUCAAUUGUAUAACAUUGCACGUGUUGUAAACGAAACUAUCCAAGAGAAAUCCUCCUCUGGUGCCAUUGUUGUUACCAAUGCCAAGUCUUUGGAAGCCGUCUCUUUCUUCUUCUCUAUCUUAUUCGAUACCAACAAGCCAAUCGUUGUCACUGAAGACUCUGCUUACGCUAUCCCAGUCGCUAACGACAAGGGUGCUGCUAAGCGUGGUGUAUUGUCCGUUACCUCUGAUAAGUUAGUAUACUCCGGUGUUUUCACUCCAGCUUCUACCUUUUCUUAUGGUGCUGGUUUGCCAGUCGCUAUCGUCGAUGACCAAGACCAAGUUGAAUGGUUCUUCGAUGCUUCCAGACCAACUUUGAUUUCUUCUAGCUCUGUUAUCAGAAAAGAAUACAACAACUUCACUACACCAUUCGGUAUUUUCGAAAACGGCGCACCAAUUGUGCCAAUUGUCUACGAUGGCGGUUACUCCUCCAGCUUGAUUGACUCUUUGAGUUCUGCCGUUCAAGGUUUGGUCGUUGUUUCUUCUGGUUCCAGCAAUUCUACUUCUUCAUCCAUUGCAAGCGACAUAAUUCCAGUUGUCUACGCUGAAGCCAGUACACCAUUGAACUUCAUUGACAAGCAAGAUGUUCCAGAGAACGCUGUCGGUGCCGGUUACUUAUCCCCAGUUAAAGCUCAAAUCUUGUUGUCCAUUGCUGCUGUUAAUGGUGUCACCUCCAAGUCUGCUUUACAAGACAUUUUCCCAUAA